AUGCGUCUGCGGCUGCCCCCAGUUCGCGUGCUGCAGCAGCAGCAGCAGCAGGAGAAACAACAGCAGCAACACAAACAACAGCAGCAGCAGCAGCAGCAGCAGCACCGCCAGCAGCAGCAGCAGCACCGCCAGCAGCAGCAGCAGCAGCAGCAGCAAGGGGGCAUAUACCCUCAUACACUCUACCCCCGGGAUACCCCAUGCCCCAUACAUGCGUUCCUCCUACAUGUGUGCUGCUGA